AUGCAGACCAAUGACAGACUCACAUACACACAAACGCUGAUGAAAACAUACCUAGCGAGGUAAUAAUCAAACCAAAUCUAGUGUCCCUCCGGUAAUUUUGGUGUUCUUGUGUCAGUAUGCAUGAGGUAAGACGCUUACAUUGUUCUUAUUUUAAUUUAGGGAGUGGUAUACACCAGAAGCAUUGCUGUUAAAUACCUCACUUAGUGCUGCUUUGAUUGGAAAAUUAUAUGAUUUGAAUGAGUUGGAGUUUCAUCUAUCUUGUACAGGCUGUGACUUGGAUAUGUCAUGGCCGUCUUUUGGAAGGUUUGUGGAUGUUUGCAUUAUGUGUUGAGGAAACGUCAUUCAGUGCGUUUUUGUACACAGGUUCAUGUAUGUUGUUCACUAGCGGCAAUAGUGUACCGAAUGCCCUUAAUAGUAUUGGACAGGUGUUUGGUUAGAAUGCAAUUACAGCGUGCUACCUGUGUAAACUAAGGAACUUCAAAUGUUAAUUUGUUUGAAAAUUUAUCUGGAAAUCUUAAAAGGAUGAAGCGCAAAGCUUUUAGUCGGAAAUGCCAGAAACGCUUUGGUGAAAUCCCUGGGCCUGGUGGUUACAUAUAUUUGGUUAAAUGAGUUGUAUAAAAUGUUAAGUGAGGUGUAUGUCUGCAUAAAACAUACAGGCAUUGAUCCCUGAUUCACUUAUAGAAUACAAUGUUAAUUAUUAUUUUUGUUGUCAGAACCUUUACAGAUGGAUAUGAGAAGAGAACAAGACGAAACAGUGCUGAAAGUAUUGUUAGUACAACAGAUUUCACUGUGAGUUAUUUUGCUUACAUAAAAUGACUUUUAUAUUACAGUAAGUUCUGUUAUGCAGUUUAAGAACGAACAAGUGCUACGGAUAUGCAAUGUAUGUUAUAAAAUUUAUAUAGAAUAUAACGUAAUAUAUCAUAUAUAAAAUACUAUAUUUGCGAGCCAAAAUUUUAGUAGAAUUACGAGGUUUUAAUAGCCCUGGAUGUCUGAGAAAAGAUAGAACUGAAGUCAAAUAAGGAAUAUUAGAAUGAUAAUUUACUGUUUCUUUCUCCUUUUGUAAGAAUGAAAGAAUUGAUCCCUUGAUCGCCUUGAAUGCUGAAAUAUCAGCUUUAAAACAGAUGAUCAGCAGAGAACUGGAUAAUGAAAAAGGCAAUACUGAUGACGGGAUUGGAGAAAGUAGCAUGUCUUCAACCGACGAUGCACAACCAAACAUUAGUGAGAUUACCUUAGACAUAUCACGUCUUCAUCAAUUUAUUUUGAAAUGGAAGUCUUCGAAUGAUGCUAAAGUUUACAAAGCUGAACACGAGAUCCAGAGGCUUAUGGAGGAAACUAACCGUCUGUCACAAGAUUCAAAUACACAGCUUACGCAGUUAGCGGAAAGACAUCAAAACUUGUCUGAUUUGGCUUCAAAAGAAGCUACAUUGCAGAUUAUUGAUCUACAAAACAAACUACGGAAUGCAGAAACCGCGAUUACUGAACACAAAACGAAGUUAGACAGUUUAAAUGAAGAACUGGAGAAAGUUUCCGAGCAUUAUAAGGAUUCUCAGAAGACUGUGAGAGACUUGGAGAAAGAUUUAAGUAAUUCACAGGAAAGCACAAAAACGUUAGAGAGUGAGAUUUGUUUAUUAAAGGAAAAUAUUGAAAGGCAGAAGAUUGAAUGUAAACGAUUAACAGAGGAGCAUGACAACCUAAAAUCAGAAAUUCAAUGUUCCCACCAAAAUGAGACCUUAUUGCGUAAUAAACUUGCAGAGAGUGAGUCUAAACUGAAUAUAAAAACUUUAGAGAAAGAUAAGAUUCAAGAAGCAUUUGAAAAUGUAAAUGGCUUAGUUUUUGGUUCGUUUGAAGAUUUUGAAUCUUACUAUAAAUCACAGUUACUUGAUAAGGAGAAAGGAUUAGAGGUUAAAGAUAAUGAAAAUAAAACAUUACAGCAACGUUUGAUUCAGCGAACUGGUGAGAAUGAGCAGCUGAAAAGAGACUACAAGAAGCAUUGGCUAGAACACCGCAAAAUGAGCAGGAAGUAA